UGUUGUCCAGGAACAAUCACAUUGUGUUGGUGAAUGGGGGCUUGUGAGCUCACCGGCCACAAGGCGGGUGCUGCGAUGAGAAACCAGGCAGACUAGAGAACUAGUGGCGCUGCUGAGCGCGCAGAGACUCCCCCCGUUCGCGACCGCAAACCGGGAUCGCGUCUCCAAAUGAACCGGGGCAGGGUACGGGUGCUCUAGAACCGAGAUUUGGAGGGUUGUUUUCUUUCUCCCCAGACAAACGCGGUAGGAGAUCAUUUGAACAGUGUUUUAUUGCGGUGUGAAACGUGUCUGGUGGUUCCAGUCUCCACAACCGAGGCUUGGGGUUGGGGUUUGGGCUCUGGUCCUGUGAGCCGAGCGGGACAUCACCCAUCAGGGGACGGGCUCGAUGCGCGCUUAGACGUGCAGACAUGGGAGCCAAACAGAUGAAAUGUCUUAGCUCCGCCAGCCCGGCACACUCCCCUAAAGAAGAGUAUGCAGAGGCCCAGUUCGCCUCCACUGACAGCCCCCCAGAAGAAUGUGUCAAACCUCCAUCCAGCCAGCCGGGGGGGCCCGGGGUGGAGAAACCAGAGCUGACGGACAAGAAAUGCAACGCCGGAGAGGUGGUUCUCUGUGGGCUGUGUCCGAGCCUGGGGCAGGACGCGCCGGAGGAGGAGGGGCGACCCUGGGAGGAGCAGUUGGAGACCCACCAGGAGCAGCUGGAGAAGGAGAUGCAGGAGGCGAGGCGGAUGGUGUUCCGCCUGCAGGCACUGCUGUUGCACGGUUCUCUCCCUGAAGAGGACCAGAGUUCAUCUCUGAGCUUCGGGGACAGUCGGGUCAACGCCGAACAGCAGCUGGUUCUAAUCCGCAGUCGUCUGGACCAAAGCACAGAGGAGACUCUUGAUCUCAAGAGGGAGCUCCUGAGACACAAGCAGGAGUCUCGCCACAUACAGGCCAUCAAGGAUGCACUCCAGCAGCGCAUGGCGGUGCAGGAGGAUGUGGUGCUCAACCUCAAGCAGGAGUUGCUGAGGAGCAACAUGACCAGGGACGAGCUGGAAGGGGAGAAUAGCGAGCUCAAACGAAAGCUGAGCGAACGGGACAAACUAAUAAUUGAAUAUGAGCAGCAGCUCGGGAAGAAGGAACGUCUGAUGCUACUGCAGCAGCAAAAGACAGAGGACUCUCAGCACAUCAAGUCACAUGACAUCAGCCGCGUACGGUCUUUUAGGAACGAGAACAGUGGCUACAACAACUCGGUGACGCUGAGCUCUGCACAGCUGUUCCAGCACACCGCUCCGGGGGAGGAGCUACAGCUGGUCAGGGAAGCCCUGCGCAGCCUGAGGGACAACUUCUCGGGUCACGACCCCCUCCACCACACGUUGGACACGCUGGAGCAGGGCGUGGCCAGCCUCAUGGACCGCCUGCACUCUGCCGACAGCCAGCGGAGGCAGGAGAAAGGGGAGGAAUAUCGAUCUCCGGGACGGCGAGCCAAUUCAACAGACCGCGAUUCCUGGCCGCCAUCAAAAAUAGCCCACUCCCACAGCAGCCCGGGGCUGAACUCUGCCGUCUGCACCAAAGUGCUGUACUUCACCGACCGCUCACUCACCCCCUUCUUAAUCAACAUCCCCAAGAGGCUGGGAGAAGUCACAUUGCGGGACUUUAAGGCGGCUGUGGAUCGCCAUGGCAGCUAUCGGUACCACUUUAAGGCCCUAGACCCGGAGUUUGGCACGGUGAAAGAGGAGGUGUUCCACGACGGGGCGGUGGUGCCUGGCUGGGAGGGGAAGAUCGUGGCCUGGGUGGAGGAGGACCACGGAGACCGGCGCUAGGGGCCAGCCAGACACACCACUGCCAUCGCCAUUACAGACCUCAGCCACUACCAGAGCCACCGCCAACCACACUGGGAGUCCCACCGGACGCACCCCGCCGAACCAGAGCCAGCGGGCGUCUGUCCGACCGCAAACCAAACCCGGGACCAAUGGAUGUAAACAAAAUCAAAAAAACAUUCCUACCACGAGACAUACUUUAAAACGACAGAAAGGGAUGGUUUCAUGUGGAGAGUUUAACUUAAGAUUUUGCUAUCACUUUAUUAUAUUGAACACAUAUUAGGCACUUUGACCGCAGCGCGUAUUUGGGUGCAUGUCCAUUGUGUCGCAUGACCCAUCAAGGAAUCGGUGCGGCGUCAGACUCAGACGAAGCUAACAAAUGAAAGUUUACAGCGCUGUGUUCUGUGUUCCACAGCGGUAGCUGGUGCCUAGUAUCUGAACCUAAGAAUAAAGAGAGUUUGUUCUGUUGUGUUUUUUUAAUGCCUAUUUUCAAUGUGAGUCAAUUGCCAAACCUCGAUAUUGUUGUACUUAAAAUCAUUUUGAGUCUUUUAAUAAAGAUGAACUGUC